UCUGUUCGGAGCGCAUGCUGCUCUGCUCCGGCAGGUGGCGCGCACAGACACAAAACCCAGCCCGAGAGUGUUUUUUUUCUGAGGGUAAAUGGCUCAAUUAUCACUGCUGCACCCUCCUCUCAUACCUCCUCUCUGAUGCGACACGCCCAGAUCUGCUGCCCGUGUCAAACCUUUUAUUUUGGUAACAGCACAUGGCACCGCGAGCUUGUUCCACUGAUUCCUCUGCGCGCGCAGCCACAGGUGGUGUUCUUGUGUGCCACCACUUUAACAUCUGAGGACAACAGAAGAGAGUCGGAGACAAGAAGGACUACCAGCGCUUCAUCGCCGCUCCAGUGCUCAUAAAGCUGCUCUCUGCUCCGUUUUGGUCGCAUUUUGGAGGCGGUAUUUGUUUCAGGCUGAACUGGGACCAGUGCUGUCUGCUGGGUGUGUGUGUUUGGUUUACUGUCGAGGAGCGCGCCGAAAUUUAACAGGUGGAAAAGAAGACACCUGAAAUUCCUACACUCACCUUGGGUUUGACAAGCGUGUGUGCUGACCUGAUCACUAAAUGGCGCUGACGGUGAACCUUAUCGGUCCUUCUCCAUGGGGCUUCAGAAUAUUUGGAGGAAGGGACUUCAAGAAGGCCAUAACUGUAUCAAAGGUCAACGGGGGCAGCAAGGCAGAGAAGGCAGAGCUGCAACCUGGUGAUAUUAUCUUGGAGAUCAAUGGGGAAAACACGGCCGACAUGCUGAACGUGGAGGCCCAGAACAAGAUCAAGAACUCAAAGACUCAGCUGCAGCUGGUGGUGGACAGACCUGACCCUCCCAGUCCUGGACAGACCAACGGCAUCAAUGAGCAGUUCACCGGGCGCUUCCAGGAGGCAGUAAUAGUGAGUCGAGAUGAGAAUCAGAACUACAGAGAGUACACCAUCUCCAGCCCUGCGUCGCUGUCCCCUGGACCUUAUUCACCAGAUCCUUUUCCCAGCCCCGAUGUGAAGAGGGAGAGGCUGACACCGACCACCAACAAGGGUGUCCAGCUGCGUCCAUGGUCUCCAGAGGAGAAGAGUCACAGGCUGUCCAGACCGCUGUCACAGGAGUUCUCCCCUUCAGACUACAGGAAUAAUUCUGUGUCCAGCAGAACCCCGACCCCACCAGGACGCUACUCACCCCACAGCCCCAUUGAUCGGGACGUACCCAUGUCUCCUCGUCGCAGCAGUUCGAGCUCUGACUUUGCCAUGCAGAAGUUCGACAGGGACUCGGAGGUGUACAAGAUGAUUCAGGAGAACAAGGAGUCCCGCACGGCGCCUCGUCAGUCCAACACCUUUAAAAUGCUGCAAGAGGUCCUGGAAGCUGACGAGAAAGAGGCAGCCCUGAAGUUUCCAGGGAAACUUUCGCCCAAUGUCCCUAAACAAAGCACAUCAGUGGGAGGAGUCAAGAAAAACCACACCUGUGAGAAAUGCGGCACCAGCAUUCUCACACUGGCCGUGCGCAUCACGGACGACCGCUACCGCCACGCAGAGUGCUACACUUGUGCAGAUUGCGGUCUUAACCUCAAGAUGAGGGGUCACUUUUGCAUCGGAGAUGUGAUGUACUGUGAGAAACACGCCAAAGAGAGGUACCAAGGCCCGGGAAGUUCCCCUCAAGCCACCGUGUCCCCGCGCCAAUGAGUCUGCCGCUCCACACCUGCCCGUCUCUGGACGCAGAGUGCUACUUGUCCUUCUGAAGCUCCACACCAUCGGACUCGGUUAUAGACCUUGGGAUGGGGCGUGGAGGUGGACACUAGUCUACGAAAUGGCAGAGGAUGUUUUUUUGUUUUUUUUCUGAUCACAUUUAACCAUAUUUUGCAAUAUUAUGAUUCACUUUCUUGCCUUUCUUAUAUGAGCAUUGGGGCUUCGUUUUUCAUAUGGCCUCCGGUCUCUUAUAGGUUAUUCUUAGCUCUAAUGAUGCACAGCUGCCAUGGACUCAAGCCACAUCACAUUGUGCUAAGGCCAGAUUUACAUAACACCAACGCUUUAGACAAACUCAACAGGACUGGCUCUCUGAGGAUCAUUUGAAUCUCCUGCUGACACAAAGGACCAAAAUCUCACCUACACUGCAUGCCAUUUUAUAAAAUGUUCUGUAAAGACAGUGCUGUGUGGGUGUGAAUGGAUGCAAGCUUUCACAUGUAGAAGUAUGGUGUUUUCUGCAUGCCUUCCCUGCAUCUAUGUGUGCGUGACUGUGUGUGUGCAUGAAAGAGAGAGAGAGAGAGAGAGAGAAGGAAAGAGGGUCCAAGUUGUUACAGAUGCAAAGGAGUUUGUGAAUUUUGUGCUAGUCAGGCCAAAAGCCCUUGAGUUUUUCUAUUACUUUUGUAAGGAGAAUUUAUAAGUAGAAAUAAUGAAAAAAAAAUACAUAUAUGCUGACUUGUUUUGCUGUUUUGUUGCUUAUGAGGGACUAUAGUUGAAUUCAAUAUACAAAUAGUUUUGAUGUUUUUGUGAUUGAACUGUAUUCUAUAAUAUAGACCAUUUAAAAAUGCAUAAUGCAUGCACGGGACAUUUAGUGUGAAAAUAAUUGAUCCUACACCUGUCCAGUUACAGCAGUACUCAGAGAUACACUAUAAUGUUCGCGUUUCAUGUGGCACUUAAUAAAAUCGCACAACCUAAAGCUUCUUCAGUGAUGAUGACUGUGUUGGAAUCAUAAGAGUUAAUGUCUUCCUACAUCUUACAGGUCCUUUUCUUUUCAGUGAUGUCUGAAAAAUAUAUUUAUCCACUUCAAACCCCAGUUUGACAGCUGACCUUUUGUUGCUUUUAAGCAGUAAAACACAGGUGUACCUAAUUACAUUAAUAAUCUCAGGGCCGUGGCGUGGGUUGCAGCAAUUAUCAAAGUUAUGUCACAGCUGUGCUUUUCCUGCCAUGACUUUUUUAGUAUGACUGUUAACCUUCUGUCUUACUGUGUGUAAAUUACGAUAAAAAUCU